CUUUCCCGCGUCUCGGAUUGACACCCAUUCCACUCUUCUUCUAUGGUCUCUCUCCCCCAUAUUUUUUUCCUGUGUUUUGAGUUAAUCAAAGAUGUCAUUGCUAGUAAACUGUUCAAACUGCAGAAUUCCAUUAGAAAUCUCACAAUGUGCUACUUUGAUUCGCUGCGUAAUUUGCAACGGAAUUACUCGCAUCGCCGCUCCUCGCGCUCUUCCUCCUCCGCAUUCCUACUACUCUCCGUCGCCGUCGCCGCAACGUGCUCCUUCUUUUCAAGGUGGAGCUUGGACUGGAAGGAAGAAGGCGUUGAUAAUUGGAAUCUCUUAUAAAUACUCUCGAUCGGAGCUUAAAGGCUGUAUUAAUGAUGCUAAGUGUAUGAAGUUUCUACUUGUUAAUCGCUUCAAAUUUCCCGACGAUGAGAUUCUUAUGCUUACUGAAGAAGAGGAAGGCCCUUACAGGAUUCCUACCAUACAGAAUAUCAGGAUGGGAAUGGCUUGGCUUGUAGCAGGAUGUCGACCAGGUGACUCGCUAGUAUUCUACUACUCUGGGCAUGGUUCACAACAAAGGAACUAUAAUGGAGAUGAAGUGGAUGGCUUUGAUGAAACCCUCUGCCCCUUGGACUUUGAAACCAGAGGGAUGAUUGUAGAUGAUGAGAUUAAUGAAACGAUUGUUAGGCCUCUUCCUUGUGGUGCAAAACUUCAUGCAAUAAUCGAUGCUUGCCACAGCGGUACUAUGUUGGACCUGCCAUUUCUUUGCAGAAUGAAUGGGAGUGGGCAAUAUGUGUGGGAGGAUCAUCGCCCUAGGUCAGGUCGAUGGAAAGGAACCAAUGGUGGGGAAGUUAUUUCCUUUAGUGGCUGUGACGAUAAUCAAACAUCUGCUGAUACUUCGGCUUUAUCAAGAGUGACGUUAACUGGAGCAAUGACUUACUGCUUCAUCCAGGCAAUUGAACGCGGACAAGCGAGUACUUACGGGAGCUUGCUCAAUGCCAUGCGGGCUUCCAUCCCCAACACUGGCAGUGGUGUUGGAGGCGGUACUGUUACCUCCCUAAAUACUAUGCCUUUGACUGGAGGAAGUGGUAUUGGAUUGAAACAGGAACCACAAUUGACUGCCAAUGAAGUAUUUGAUGUAUACACAAAACCGUUUUCACUAUAACAAGUAUGUAGCUGCUCCAUUUUUGCGAUAAUCAGAUCUGUACCUGAUUUUUCUGCGGUUCCUUUAUAAUGGAUACCAUUGCUAGUGAAUAUGUUAAUAUAUAUGUAUUAUACUUUUUUGGGAAACAAAUUCCAAAAUCUAUUGUUGCAAUUCUAAAUCCUAAAGUGAUUUUCAUAUCCAAUUGUAUUUUGUGAGAUUUCAGGUUAGAAAUGUUAAAUUCAUAGCCACACAAAUCAAAUACUGACGGCAACCUAUAAGCAUUAGAUAGAAUGUAAUGUGAAGUAGAAAAUAAGAAAAUUCUAGUUUGAAUGAGACAACACUCCCACCUUGCAUGUGUUCUACAUUCUCAAGGUUUUAGCCUUUUACAAGACUGUGAUUCAAGUAAAGUGGGGCAAAUGACAAGUCUUGUAAGCUAUCUUUACAUAAAACUCAUUACAAUUUUUCUGAUUUUUCUUAGCCAAUAACUUGUCAACUCAUCAUACAAGAAUAUUAGAAUUUAAGAACAAAUAUGACAAAUAAUCUAAAGUAUAAACCUAAGUCUGAUGAGUCUAAGAAUAACGUAUAACAAAAGUAUAAAACUGAGUUCGAAGAAAAAGCAUAUAAUUACGGAGAAUCAUGUAUCGCAUGAGUCUAAAUAAUAAUUAAAAAAAUAGAUAAAAAUUAGUGAGAUACUAGUAUGACGGAAUCUGAAAAAUUGGGGUUUAGAUCUUAGAAUAUUUACACCGUAACUAUCCUCGCAACAACUUUCUUGG